UUUCCGCCUCUGAAUUACUUGAACAAGAACAACCCAACUCAAACUGAGGGUUUUUCGUGUCUCUUCCAAUUAUUUAUUUUUCUCAACUCGAAGUAAGAUCACAGCGUCUCGUUUUCAACCCUAGAUUCUCUGGGUUCUUCGAUUCCGUUGCUCUACUCAGGCUUAUUUGUGAGUGCAAUCCUACACAGAUUCAUUUCAAACAACCUAAUGGGUGAUGAGAGUUUUGAUGAGAAGUCAUUGACUGAGAAACUUUCCAAGCUCAACAGUUCUCAGCAAAGCAUUGAAUCUUUGUCUCGAUGGUGCAUAUCCCAUAGAAAGAAGGCCAAGCCAGUUGUUGAAACAUGGGAUAAGAUAUUCAAAUCCGUUCAACAUGAACAACAAGUUUCAUUAUUGUAUCUGUCCAACGACAUCAUGCAGAAUAGCAGGCGCAAGGGCAGUGAAUUUGUAAAUGAAUUCUGGAAAGUUCUACCAGCGUCUCUCAAACUUUUCUUAAAUAAUGGCGAUGAGAAUAGCAGAAAAGUUGCCUCCAGACUGAUUGAUAUAUGGGAAGAGAGAAAGGUUUUUGGUUCAAGGGGUGCAAACCUGAAAAAUGAAUUGCUGGGGAAAAAUCCUACUCCAAUCAUCAACGUUGUAAAAUCUCCGAAUCCUAUCAAGGUGGUGAAAAGAGAUUCCACCUCGUUGAGAAUAAAAUUGGCUGUUGGAGGUUUGCCAGAAAAAAUUCUAACUGCUUUCCAUUCGGUGUACGAUGGUGUUGUCAAUGAAGAUUCGGCCUUGAACAAAUUCCAUGAUGCUGUUUCUUGUGUACAAGAAAUAGCGAAGGAUGUUCUGACUGCUUCACAAGGAAGCUUGGAUGUGUCUGAUAUUGUGGACAAUAUACAGAAACAAGAGAAUAUAAUUUCACAAUGCAUCAGUGACCUCGAGAAUUCUGAAUCAAUUAGAGUUGCCCUUCUUUCCCAUCUUAGGGAAGCACUUCAGGAGCAAGAGUCGAAGCUGGAGCAGAUUUGGGAUAAGAUACGUGUUGCACGCGGUCAGGUCGAGCAAGCAAGUAAUAUUCGUCUCCAGCUAACAUCAACCUCAUCUGCCCCUCCACCUGCGGCCCAACAGCAGGCCGAGGCCACUUUCAGCCUUUCCCCAACAGCAAUCACUGCCACCACAAUGUCUGCGCCGUCAAUGACAUUUACAAAAUCCGGCGAGGAGGAGAGCAAGAAAGCAGCUGCGGCCGCCGUUGCUGCAAAGCUGGCCGCAUCAACAUCUUCUGCACAGAUGCUCACAUCCAUCCUCUCGUCCCUUGUUGCAGAAGAGGCUGCUGCAUCCAUGACUGGUGGUGGUCUGAAAAGACCGAGGGUAGAGCCACCCAUGCCCGGGAACAACGACGGCUAUUUUCUGACCAAUAUGAUGUCGGGCCCUACACAAUCUACUUCCCAGGUCAACCUACCUGCCCCAUUCCUCCCACCUCCCCUGCUCCCACUGCCACUUGCGCCUCCGGCAACUGCCCCGGCCAAUCAGUUUGUCCAGCCUAAUAUGAUGGGGCUGCCUUUCAGCUACAGCUCAAGCAACUUACAGCUACCACUACCUUCAAAUCCGGCCAUGGGACUUGCCAGAUCAGGCCCUCCACAACAGCCACAACAGCCACAGGGCGGCGAGCAGUCUCAGUUGCAGUCAGCCCAGCCACCACAACCUCCACAGCCACCUGCAAGUGGCGGAUUCUUUAGGCCCAUUGGAGUGGGAUUUUAUGGACAAAGCCAUCAGCCGCCAACCCCGCCUAUCCAUAGACAGUGAGAUGGGAGCUCUUGCUAUUUUUGUAUAUUGAUAGUGAAUGGUCACUUGUGGCUAGAUGCUUUUCCUGUUUCUCUUGUUGUAUUUGUACUUUUUUGUUGUUGUACUAUGAAUUGUUGGUUAAUUAGGACUGAUGUGGGUGAUGUAGAAUCUGAAUUGUUCAUUUAGAUAUAAAGAAAAACAGCUAAGACAAGAACUUUGAUGGCUAUGUUUUUUAGGCAGGCUUUGACCAUAUUUUCCUGCCAUCAAAAUUUUAUUGUUGAAGUCAGUAGUAUGGGGUGGAUAAAGUUACGAGUUUGUACU